AUGGCCGAUUAUCCCGGCACUCCAGGAUCCCAACAGUCGAGACGCGAGGCUCAAAUUGUCGACAGACAUCUGCCCGAUGGCUUCUCCGCCGAACCUGAGGCUGUUGCGUACGAUUCCGGAGACAAUGCUGGUUCUGGAGCCAGGAGCGACGCCGGCUCUGGUCCACCAGAAGACGUGCCCGAGUCGUCCUUGAGGCUGCAAGGCGGUGACAUGCAUCGCGACAUCUUCAAAAUCAAAGCUCGCGCCAGCGCUCCAAAACGCUCACAUACCUUUUCUGCGAGCACGGGUCGACCUUUGGUGCCCGACCUGGACAAUGCCGCCGUCGAGGACCAGCUUCAGCCGGGAGGCUUGCGGCGUCAAUAUGUGCAGAGGCACCAAGUACGCAGGCGGCUCAGCACUGCCGCCACACCGUACACCAGAAACUUCAUCUCGUUCCUUGAGCUUUAUGGAAGCUUCGCUGGCGAAGACCUCGAGGACACGGAUUCCGAUAUGGAUACCGAGUCGGCAAUCGAUGAUGGCGAUGAAGCGCCAGACGAGAGACGGCCGCUUCUGUCUAGACGGAAAAGCUCGAAACGUAUCAAGCGUGAUGGAGAUGCGGGUACGACGAAAACGUUCUUCACUCUACUGAAGGCAUUUGUCGGAACCGGAAUCAUGUUCCUACCCAAGGCCUUCCGAAAUGGCGGUAUCCUGUUCUCCUCAACGGUCCUCAUCGCGGUGUCGAUAGUCACCACCCUCUGUUUCAGGCUACUAUUGCAAUGUAGGGGUCGAUAUGGUGGAGGUGGUUACGGUGAACUGGGCCACGCCAUCUUCGGACCUAGGUUUCGCUCCCUCAUCCUCGGCUCAAUCACACUCUCGCAGCUUGGCUUCGUGUGUGCCGGCCUCAUCUUCACCGCCGAGAACUUGCUGUCCUUUCUACAUGCCGUGGUACCGGUCGGAUCAGCGCAACCAUUUGGAGUUCCCGCUCUGAUCGCCAUCCAAUUUGUCCUACUCAUCCCUCUUGCAUUGAUCCGAAACAUCGCCAAACUUGGACCUGCAGCUCUCUUGGCGGAUGUCUUCAUCCUCAUUGGACUGGUGUACAUCUGGUACUACGAUAUCAACAGCCUUGCCACUGUGGGCCCUGCGCCGAGUAUGCUGCUCUUCAAUCCCUCGGCCUUUACCCUGACCAUCGGAUCUGCUAUCUUCACGUUCGAAGGCAUUGGGCUUAUUCUGCCGAUUCAGUCCUCGAUGAGACAGCCAGAGAAGUUUCCGUACCUGCUCUACCUGGUCAUGUUCAUCAUUACCAUCAUCUUCACGUCUGUAGGCGCACUUUGCUACGCUACGUUCGGUGACGAGACAAAGAUCCAGAUCAUCUCCAACUUUCCACAGGACAGCAAACUCGUCAACGCGGUGCAAUUCCUCUACUCGAUGGCUGUCCUGGUGGGAGAGCCAGUGCAGCUGUUCCCGGCCGUACGCAUCAUUGAAGUCGGACUCUUUGGCGACAAAGCUUCCGGCAAGAAGAGCAGUACCAUGAAAUGGAAGAAGAACGCCGUGCGAAGCGCGUUGAUGAUUCUCUGCGGCCUAAUCGCCAUCCUGGGUGCCUCUGACCUGGACAAAUUCGUCGCGUUGAUCGGAGCUUUCGCCUGCGUGCCCCUUGUUUACAUAUACCCGCCGUUCCUCCAUCUCAAAGGCAUGGCCGAGGGGAGGUGGGAAAAAGCGUACGACAUCUUGCUCCUCACGAUUGGAUUGGUGGCAAUGAUAUACACGACAGUCAUGACUUUGAAGCAGUGGAUCGAGGGCAGCAUAUAA